CUCCAAUUGUUUAAUCCAUCGCAAUGAUAAACUUUGCGAUAGCCACCUGAAGAAUUGGUUGACCCGCCGAUGUGGCGUCAGGCCCGUUGACUAUUUUCGCUGGAUCGAGGCAACCCCCUCUCCCCGAACGAGACCAACACACGAACCCAAGUGUCAGAACCUGGAGUGAGGAACAAAAGGCAGUCGACAGCCCUACGGUUCCUGGCUGACACUCACUCACAAUCUUUCUUGAACUCUGAGCAGCCAGAUGACUCGGAUAUUGAGGGAGCUCGAAACCUAAACCGCCUUCGCUUUCAGGCUCCCCACCCAGCCUCUCGGACUCGGACUCCAGGAUGACGUCCAGUGCGAACACCUGGGUGUGGUUUGCAGUGGUGCUGCUGAUCACACUCAUGCGAUUUGUCUCCCGUGCCUUGCAAGUGGGUUCGAUUCGUAACCUGCAGAUCGAGGACUAUGUGAUGCUGGUGACAGUGAUUCUCUACAUACUACUCACGGUCUUCCUCAUACUUGUCGCCCAGCAUGGAACCAACGAGAUCCCCAUGAACCAGAUCGACAGUAUCGAUCCCGCCACCAUCCCCGAUCGCAUCCUGGGCAGCAAGAUGGUCAUCGUGGUGGAACAGAUGUGGUUGGGGACAAUCUGGGGGUGCAAGGCAUGUCUGCUGCUGCUGUACUCGACCAUGACCAAGGGCCUGACGCAGCACAAAUGGGUCAAAGGCAUCAGCCUGUUCUGCGCGGUGUGCUUCCUGCUGAUCGAGAUCCUCUUCUUCGGCGGCUGGUGCCACCCGUUUUCCGCGUACUGGAGCGUGCCCCCGAAGAGCGUGCAGUGCUCCGUCUACCGCAACCACCUGAUUCUCUCGCUGGCGCUCAACGUCGCGACGGACCUGAUGAUCAUGGCGAUCCCGCUGCCGCUGCUGGUCAAGGCGAAGCUGAACCUGACCAAGAAGCUGACGCUGCUGGGGGUGUUCUCGCUGGGGGCGUUCGUGAUCCUGUGCUCGAUCCUGUCGAAGUACUACUCGAUCUCGCAGCCGUACGGCGACGAGUGGGUCGACUGGUACGUGCGCGAGGCGGCGACGGCGGUGAUCGUGGCCAACCUGCCGCAGACGUGGACGCUGUUCCGGCGCAUGUUCAACCUGAAGGGGUUCCUGCACCACUCCUCCUACGACCGCAGCAGCCGCACGCGCAGCCGCAAGACGACGGGCAAGUUCACCAGCCGCUUCGACAGCUCCACCAUCCACCUGUCGCGCUUCCGCAACGGCGACAAGUCCCAGCUGCGCUCCACCAUCGACCGCACCGAGUCCGGCGAGCGCAUCCACGACACCCGCCUGGAGAUCUGGGAGCAGCGCCAGUUCCACGUCACCAACGAGGCCGACGAGGAGGCCACCCGCCACAGCCCCAGCCUGAGCGAGAGCAGCAGCGCCCGCAGCAUCGACUUCGACGCCGCCGGCAGUUUCCCCGUGCCCCACGUCAAGACGACGGUCACGACCACCACGACCCCGGUGUAGUUUUCUGGCGGAAACGCUCGGUGAUAAGCACAGGACCAAUCAACCGGGUCCAUCACAUUCUUUAGUCAUUUCCUUUACUUACA